AUGGGAGAGCGCGGCGCGGUCACGCCGGCAGACGGCUGGCACGCGGAGCGCGCGGACGGCUGGCAAGCAGCCGCGCCGUUCGCCAUGCAGCUCGGCGGCGGGCCCCUGAGCAACUUCUUUGCGCCGCCCGCGCCGCGCCCUGACGGCUCCGCGCUAGGCCUGGGUGCCGGCGGCGCGCGCGGCGCAGCAGGGCCCACAGGGGCGCCGGCCGGCCAGCACGGCGCUGCAAGCGCCUGGACGUUCCAGGCAACUUUCGGCCUCAACGCAGUCGGCGUUCGUGGCGGCGCCGGCGCCGGCGGCGACGCCGGCAUCGGCGACGGCGGUACGUUGGAGCGGCGCCCGGGGAAGCGGGGUGCUGGUGACUACGGCGCAGACGCGGCGGGGGCGGGCGGUGGUUACGGCGCCAGAGAUGCCGCAGCGCCCCCAUCCCUGCCGCCGGGCUUUGGGCGCGGCUCGGGCUGGGGCUCGCAGCUGGGCGCUGCUGCAGUGGAGCACUAUGGCGCCGACGGCGGCGCCGACGGCCGAGGCCGCGGCGGCAGUCCCAGUCGUGAGUACGGCCGCCGGCUCCGCGGCGGUGACGAGCGAGGUCUUGAGGACAAGGGCAGGGGCGCAAGCAGCAGCCCCGACGGCGCCGAGCGCGGCCGGGGUGCCGCCCUCGGCCAUGGCGCUGACGCGCGUGGGCGCGUAAACAGCCGCAGCCGCAGCAGGGAGCGGGGCCCUCGCCGCAGCAACCCUGCGACGCAGAGGCGCGAGCGCGCCAUCAGCGGCGGCAGCGGCGACGAGGCGGCCGAGCGCGGCAGGGACGAUGGCCGCGCAGCGCUUGGCGAGCGGCGGCCACGCAGCGCAGGCGGGGCGGGCGGGGCGGGCGGCGUUUACGGCGCCAAAUAUGCCGCGGCGCUCCCGUUCCUGCCGCCGGGCUUCGGGCGCAGCCGGAACUCGCAGCUGCCGGGCGCUGCUGCCGCGCCCAGCAGCGAAGACGACGAUGAUGAUUUCGACCGCGGCGGCGGCAGCCCCGGCCGUGAGCACGGCCGCCGGCGCCGCGGCGGCGACGACGAGAGCCGUGAAGCAUUUGGGGGCAGGCGCGCAAGCGGUAGCCCCGACAGCGCCGAGCUUGGCCGGGUUGCCGCCCACGGCCCAGGCGCAGGCGCGUCGGGGCGCAUCAAGAGCCGCAGCCGUGGCAGGGACCAUCGCCGCCGCAGCCCCGAGGUGCAGAGGCGCGAGCGCGCCGAUGGCGACAGCGAUGGCAACGCGGCGGCCGAGCAAGGUAGGGGCGACAGCCGCGGGCCGCUGGACGCGCGGCGGCCGCGCAGUGCGGGCGGGGCGCUCGGGGCGGGCGGCGUUUAUGUCGCCAGAUAUGCAGCGGCGCCCCCGUCCCUGCCGCCGGGCUUUGGGCGCGGCUCGGGCUGGGGCUCGCAGCUGGGCGCUGCUGCAGUGGAGCACUGUGGCGCCGACGGCGGCGCCGAUGGCCGCGGCCGCGGCGGCAGUCCCAGCCGUGAGUACAGCCGCCAGCGCCGCGGCGGCGGCGACGCGCGCGAUCGCACAGCCGAGGGCAGGGUCGCAGGCGGCAGGCCCGACAGAGGCGAGCACGGGCGCCGUGGCCGCAGCCCCGAGGCACGGCGGCGCGCCGACGGCGACGGCGACGAGGCAUCCGAGCGUGGCAGGGUUGCCGGCCGCCGGCUGCUGGAUGCGCGGCGGCUGCGCAGCGCGGGCGGCGGGGGCGGGGCGGGCAGUGGCGGCGACGAGUCCAGCGCAGACAGCGAGCGUGAGGGCGAGCAGCGCGCUCGCAAACAGCGCCCAGGGGAGGGCGCGAUGCCGCAGCAGCAGCCGAAGGGAGAGCAGGCCGACCGCGGCAAAGCCGACGAGGAACCCCCGCAGCGGCAGCAGGAGCUGCUGCAGGCACCCCCACAGCAGCAGCAGCAGCAGCAGCAGCAGCCGGGCCUUGCUCAGGCUUGGAUGCAAGCCGACGGUCCUGUCAGGGCACUGGAGGCCGCGCUCAGGAGCAGCCAGGAGGGCCUUGGUCCCCUGCUGCCCGGAGAUGCAGGGCAACUGCAGGAACAGCUGUCAAAAAGGGCCGAGACGGUGAAACUGACGAGCUUCGACAACGCCAAGCUGCGGCUUCAGAAUGAAACAGUCAGGGUGAAGUGGGGGCCAAAAGGGCAAACCCACAGUGUCUGCCCGGUGGCAGUCGCCGGCGGCUCCCGGGUGGACGUGCUGCUGUGCAAGCGGGACAAGACUUUCGAGGUCCACAAGUUUCGGCUGCGGGUCCUUUUCCACGGCCGACUGCUGGACAUGCAGACCACGUGCACCCGCAAGUGCGAAGCCAAGAGCCUGGCGUGCCUCAUGCUGCUGCAGGAACUGUUCAGCCCGCCCGACAUCGCCCGGUCGGCCCUUCGCAACUUCGUGCCGCCUGUGAACAUGGGGCGAGAUGAAUUGAGCAGGAUGGCCAGCGUAUUUGCGAGGGCUGUGGGCGGCACGCGGGUGGGCCUGCCGCCGCCGCCGCCGCCGCAGCUGCUGCAGCAGCAGGAGCAGGAGCAGGAGCAGUAG